GUUUGCAUUGGCCAUUUGACAUUUCAAUUUUCAUAUUUUUCGGAGAUUGAUGCUCCUGAGAAAUAAUUCAAUGGCGCGUUCUACAAUUAUUUACAAAUUAUAAUGAAUUCUCACAGUUAUUUCUCAUUUUUGUUUAAACAAUAGUGCAAUUUUGUUUAUUUAUUUAAAUAUUACUAAUAAAGUUUUCAUUAUCAGCAACGUGAACUUGACAUAUUGGCUGUUUACCUUUCUUUUAGGUUAUGUUAGUAAGGAAUUCUUUAUUGAAUAAAUCGUUUAAACGAUGACCGAGGGGGAACCUGGGAACAACUGUCGAGUUGUAGCAAUACCAUGCUCGUUCGUGAAGCGGAAAGUGGAAUGUGCCGGAGGCGCGUUCUUGAAAUAUUACAAUGUGAAGUGUCACGGGGAAGAUACAUCUCUGCUCGCAUCCAAGUCGAAAGAUAAGGCUGAAGGAGUAAUCUUCGAGGAUGACGUGGAUUACCUCCGGAGUUUGGACCCCAAAGAAUGGAAGAAGCAGGACCACUAUGCUGUGUUAGGUAUAAAAAAUUUGCGUUACAAAGCUACAGAUGAUGAUAUCAAACGCGCGUAUCGACAAAAAGUACUCAAACACCAUCCCGAUAAGCGCAAAGCGCAAGGAGAAGAGGUACGUAGCGAUGACGACUACUUCACAUGUAUAACUAAAGCUUAUGAAAUUCUUGGUACACCUAAAAGUAGAAGAUCAUAUGAUUCCGUUGACCCGGAAGUCGAUGAUUCUAUUCCGUCUACGAGCGAGAUAAAGAAAGAUGGGUUCUUCAAAAUGUUUGGCAAAUGUUUUGAGAUCAAUGCGCGUUGGUCGGAGAGGAAGAAUGUGCCUUUACUCGGAGAUGAGGACAGCCCUCGUGAGUUUGUAGAGAAGUUCUAUUCGUUUUGGUAUGAGUUUGAUUCCUGGCGUGAGUUCUCUUAUUUGGACGAAGAGGAGAAAGAGAAAGGGUCUGAUAGGGAGGAGAGGAGAUGGAUAGAGAAACAGAAUAAGGUAGCUCGGGCUAAGCUAAAGAAGGAAGAGAUGGCCAGAGUGAGGAGCUUAGUUGACCUAGCAUAUGCCAAUGAUCCCAGGAUACAGAGGUUCAAGCAAGAGGAUAAGGAUAAGAAGUUGGCUGCAAAGAGGGCCAGACAGGAUGCAGUCCAAGCUAAAAAAGCAGAAGAAGAGAGACUGAUAAAGGAAGCUCAGCUCGCCAAACAGAAGGCAGACGAAGCUGAAAGGGCAAGACUGGAGGUUGCCCGCGCUGAACGGGAGAUACAGAAGAAAAAUCUGCGCAAAGAACGAAAAUCGCUCCGAGAUGUAUGCAAAGCUAACAAUUACUAUGCCACAGAUGAAAAUGAAACUGUCGCCCACAUGGCUGCUGUCGAAAAAAUAUGCGAAAUGCUUAAACUAAAUGAAUUUCAGGAUUUAAUUAAAGACUUGGAAAGCAACGGACGCGAUGCAUUCAUCAAAGCUGUGAAAGAAUCAGAGGAAAAGUUGGAAGCGGAACGUAGGGCUUUGUUUGAAACUAAAAAGGCAGAGGAACAGAAAGCUAAGAAAACUGCAGCCUUGAAAGCUCCAAUAGAAUGGUCGGUGGAAAUGACUCAACUACUAAUCAAAGCUGUAAAUUUAUUUCCUGCGGGGACAAACCAGCGUUGGGACGUAGUCGCUAACUUCUUAAACCAACACGGUACAUUCACGGAUGAUAGGCGUUUCAAUGCUAAAGAAGUUUUAAACAAAGCGAAGGAUUUACAAAGCUCAGAUUUCUCUAAGAGCAGUCUCAAGAAAGCGGCGAAUGAGGAAGCCUUUGACCAAUUUGAGAAAGACAAGAAGAAAGUAGUGAAUGUAGUUGACGACAGCGGCAUAUCACAGAAUGAUGUAGUGCCCAAGCUAGUGAAUGGUACAGCUAAGCCCAAAAUCAAUGGUGAUAUCAAGGAAAAGGAAUCCAAAGAGGACCGGCCUUGGACUAAAACCGAACAGGAACUUCUAGAGCAAGCCAUCAAAACGUUCCCGGCGAGCACCCCCGAGCGCUGGGACAAGAUCGCGGCCUGUAUACCCAACCGCAGCAAGAAGGCCUGCAUGAAGCGGUACAAGGAGCUGGUCGAGCUGGUCAAGGCCAAGAAACAAGCUGCGAACAUCGUCAAAUAAAUAUUGCUCUAUUAUAACAUAAGCCGCACUUAACAUCAUGAACAAACCGGUUUUAGUUUAUCUAUAUGGGGUAUUAUCAUCAUCUAAAUGGGGUAUUUAUCAUCAUCUAUAUUGCAAUAUUGGGUUCAUAUAAUCUAUCGUGAUAAUAUAAACCGAACCAAACGCUCAACAAAUAUCGUGAUUAAUAUUGAGUGUGUGUCAUGCCCCUAUUUACGCGCGCGAUAGACAAAAUUUUCGGACAUAAAAGUUGCUCGUAUUGCAUUUUAAGAAAAUGUAACUAGAAACAUUAUUGAGUCCUUCGCGGUAUUUCGAAAUAAUUCGCUAUGAUUUGAUUUUGAAUGAUAUGUUUACGCGAUAUUCAUUUUCUGACGACAUAAUUUCAAAUAUUGUAUAGAAGCAAGUGUUACUUUGCGGAAAUCCAUGAUAUAUAAAGAAUUAAUAUGCUAUAAUCUGCUAAAUGAAGCUUGUGAUUCUUUGUAUGACAUAAUUUCACCUCUAAAACCACUAUAAUGUAAAAGCCAAAUGCAGCAAGAAGGGCUUCAUGAAGCGAACAACAAAUUUUCGUGGAUGUACUGAGAUUUUUUAUGAUAAAUAUCGUGACUUUUGUGUUUUUUUUUUAAUUCACUGAACGAAAAGCUCUACAAAUAUCCUGAUAAAUAUUGACCGUAUUUUUUGUACAAUUAUACGAAUUCACGAGUAUCUAUGGUCUAUACUGAUUCUGUGACAUUGAAUCGUAAAAAAAAUAUAUUUUGACGCCAUACUUGUGACUUGCAACUCUCAAUUAAAGACAAAGAAAAUCAAUUUUUUGUAAUCAUAAAAUACUAGGGGAAAAUUAUAGUUGAAAUAAUGUUGUUUCUACUUCAUACAGAAAUUAUGACACGGCGUCGAUUCUGAUGUCUUUCUCUAAACUAAAUUUAGAGUAUCUGCAUCUUUUUCUUUUUAAUAUUGCUAAAAAAGGACGCAAGACGAAUUUUAUAAAAUUACUUAAAAUUUUACUGCACACUAUCCUAAAGAUUGGCAUCUAAAUUCACGAAGUUUGACAAUUAUAAAUUAAAAUAAGUUUGUCUGUCCUUUUCUUUUUACAUUGACAAGAAAAAGAGCGAAUACUGCAAGAUUUACUUGCUAUCAGACUUAGUAACAUUGUGGGUAUAAUUCUGUUGUAUACAAUCUCUAAGUAAAUGUUAGAGCUAUCUUGUUCCGUUGGGACCAUGAAAGGAAUAGCAAUACAUUUAGACCUGUCAUCUUAGUUUAGCUUUCUGUGCAACAGAAUAAGCCACACUUUGUACAAGCGUCUUUAAACAAAAUAUAUAUUUUUUUAAUUUGUCAACUUUGAUUCAUCCAAACAAAUAUAGUUUUAUUAUAUGCAGUAAGAAAUCAUACGUCAUAUUUAUAAUAUUGUAAUCAAAAUUUUUCUAUAUAAUAUUACAGCAAAUAAAUGAAGUUUGAAGUUAGUUCCUCA